AUGAGAUCCCACAAGGCCAGUGAUGCAAUCUGUCGCCCCCUGCAAUACGCCACCAUCAUGACUACUAAGUUCUGCAGCAGCCUCAUCAUCUUUUGCUGGGUGUAUGGUUUCCUCUGGUUUCUGUUCCCAGUGACACUUGUUACCCGGCUGCCAUUUUGUGGCCCUAAUGUGACUGAUGACUUUCUGUGUGACCUGGGUCCCCUGCUAGCCCUGGCUUCAGCCUGUGUCCCAAUCCCAGGUACUGUUCUCAUAUGUGGCACCAUGAGCUCCCUCCUCAUCUUUGCCACCGUUUUCUACAUCAUUGGUUCAUAUACUCUGGUUUUGAGGGCUGUGAUGCAAUUGCCAUCAGCUGCUGGCCAGAAGAAGGCCUUCUCCACCUGCUCCUCACACUUGGCUGUGGUGUUUCUAUUCUACGGCUCUGUCAUGUUGAAAUAUGUGAGUCCUGGAUCAGGACAAGCAGAGGGCAUGCAGAAGUUCACUACUUUGUUCAGCUCUGUUUUGACCCCUUUUUUCAACCCCAUGAUCUACAGCCUCUGGAAUAAAGAGAUGAAGGAUGCCUUGAGCAAAGUUCUAGGAAGUUCCUAA